AUGGUCUACUUCUGCACCACCGAAUUGACCCGCGAGAAAGAAGCCCUGCUAGCCAAGUGUAUCUUGGGUUUAUUCCCAUGGGAAGAAGGCUGGGAAUUCCUAGCAGACGAAAUGAUAAUGUUUCUUCCCUUGGAAGAUAAUCAAGGGGAUAUUCUCGAGACAUUCAAGUUCCAUCAAAGUGUCGCCCGACCCAACUUCCUUGAUAUGCACAUGGCGCUCGAUGGAACGGUGCUUUUCAGGGACUGCUAUGCCAAGCUCAUUAUCGAUGACCGGACCCUUGAGACCGGACUGGGGCUUUGGGUUGAAUUCGCAACGAACGGUAUCUACAAGAAAGCCUACCGCGCUCAAAUUAUGAUGGAGGAAUUCGCCCACUUUUAUCGCGAAAUCGGUCCGGGAAAUCAGGUCCCAAUAGAGCAGGCGCUGAAUUACAUAGAGUCACGGGUAAUAUACCAAGACCGCGAUGAAGAUGCAGAUCCAAGAGAGAUCUUGGAGGAUGAGCCAGUCGACAUGCGACGGCGGCUCGUGGAAAUCUACCGAGGGGGUGAAGUCGAUCUAGUGGAUGACUAUGCGCCAGGCUUUCGCGAGGCGGAGGAGCAGGGUAAUGGCUUAGCGAUCGGAUAUGAUUUGGAACAGAUACUUGCGAAUGAUGGACAUCCCCUGACUAUCAAAGAUCAUGGAAGUGAUCAUUAG